CGUCAUUUGUUUUCGCAAAUUAAACGCUCGAGUUAUCUUUUUGUUCAAUGCAGACGAUGGCAAAGGUGACGAUUUGACAGGCACUAAUCAGUUCUUACAGAUUAUCGAACAUGGUCUAUAUUGCUCUAUAAACAUUGUGUUUAAAUGUAAACAGGCAUUUAUUUUAGAGUUGCUGUUAGAAGAGGAUAUCAUAUAAAGUGGCGGACUAGGAGUUACGAAACAAAUAUGAAGAGAGAAAUAGUCACUAGUUUGCAUGUUUUUAUUAUCGCUGUUACAAUGCCUAGUUACGAAAGCAGAGUUUUAGACACAUACACAAGUCAUCCAUGUAGAAGAGCAUGUGUUGCGAACAGACCACAGACCUGCAUUUACGAGUUUAACCUGGAGCUCUAUUUCACUCUAUCCAAGGCGUGUUAUGACUGUCCGACAAAUAGAACCGACUGCUUCCGGCCUCACUGUAUCCCGGCUGAUGGUGUCUCGCGUGGAAUCCUCGUGGUGAAUAGAAUGCUGCCUGGACCCGGAAUACACGUUUGUGAAGGCGACACAGUCGUAGUGAAGGUCGUAAACGACUUCAUUGGAGGAGAAGGAACCAGCAUUCACUGGCAUGGGAUUCUGCAACAUGGUUCCCAGCAUAUGGACGGUGUUGGCAUGGUAACGCAAUGUCCGAUACCGAUUGGAACGUCGUUUGAAUACAGAUUCAACGCGACCAAUGCAGGAACCCAUUUCUGGCACGCUCAUUCCGGUCUCCAGCGUUCUGAUGGUAUUUUUGGUGCCUUUAUUGUCCGCCAAGCGGACGAGUUUGAGCCGCAUCUUGGACUUUAUGAGCACGAUCUUCCCGAGCACACGGUUAUAGUAAAUGACUGGUUAGGAGAACUGACUGAAAAUAAAUUUGCUCGUCAUCACCACGCAGGGGGAGAUAAUAGGCCGAAAUCUAUUCUAAUAAAUGGCAAGGGCGUUUAUAAGCAAGUUUCUGAGCGCCAAGGCAACACUACAAAAAACUAUACGCCAGUCGAAGUAUUUCACGUGAGAAGAGGACAGAGAUAUCGUUUCAGGAUAAUCAGCAAUGGCGUCCUCAAUUGCCCUAAACAAAUUUCCGUAGAUAAUCAUACGUUAACGAUGAUAGCGUCGGAUGGAAACGCUUUUGAAAAGAUAGACGUUGAAUCGUUCAACAUCUUCGCCGGAGAGAGAUAUGACUUUGUAUUAAACGCUAGCAACACUGUCGGAAACUAUUGGAUCCGAGUCCGAGGUUUAGCCGACUGUGAGCCAGAACAUGCUAAACAGGUUGCUGUUUUACGCUAUGAGGGUGCACCAGAAAAAAAUCCGGUUGAGGGCACGUCGUGGCUGGAUGGAGACAGAAGUGGGAAGAAACUGAAUCCGUGGAACCGGAAAGGAGACGGCACGCAUAUACCGGUGACGGAGCUUAGAUCACUUGUCAGCGACACACUGAAACCUAUUCCUGACAAGAAUUUCAACAACACGGACGCACUGAAACCUAUUCCUGACAAGAAGUUCUACCUGGCCAUGGACUUUAACAAGAUUGACGACUACCAUUUCCAUGAUGAGAUGUAUUAUCCACUUUCAGCCUUGAAUGAAUCAAUGCACCUUUACGUUCCCCAGAUUAAUCAUGUAUCAUUGAUUUUACCCCCUUCACCACCACUUACCCAGCUACAAGACUUGGAUGAGGAAAUAUUUUGUAACCCCGAAACGGUUGGGUCUCGGAACUGCACAGAAGUGUACUGCGAGUGUGUUUACCUGCUGCAGGUGGGGUUAAAUGAUGUCGUAGAAUUAGUGAUUUUAGACGAAGGUGAAACUUACAAUGCCAACCAUCCCAUGCAUCUACACGGCCACAAAUACUACGUUGUUGGAAUGGACAAAUUAGGAGAAACUGUGACACUGGAUAGAGUAAAACAACUAGAUGGCCAAGGGAAGUUACACAGGAAUCUUGCAGAUCCCGUAGCCAAGGAUACAGUCACGAUACCUGAUGGCGGUUACACAAUAUUGCGUUUCCAUGCAAAUAAUCCUGGAUUUUGGUUCUUCCACUGCCAUAUAGAGUUUCAUGUUGGUAUUGGCAUGGGCUUACUUUUUCAAGUGGGCAAUGAAACCGACCUCCCACAAGUGCCUAGGCAUUUUCCGAAAUGCGGAAACUGGAAAUAUAAUGGACUUUCUGACGACCUGGACGACGAAGUGAUUGAUUCACCUUUUGGCGGAAUAUCCUCCGCUUCGGCCGUUCCGUUUACCUAUCUCAUGAUACUUGUGUUAUGCAGCAUACAUGUCUUUGUGUAGGGCUUAUUAUUGAAUGCCUAUAUCAAGAUAAGAUAAGAUAUCAUGUAAUGUAAUUAAAUAUAGCGGACAAUGCAGGUCGAUAAAUUUUUGAACGGAAGGAAAAAUAUUUUAUGUUUUAAUCUUUUCAUUAAGUGCUGUUGUUUUUUUUGUUUUUUUUUUUUAAUAUUUUGGUGUAUAUAUACACGCUGUAAUGACAUAUUGUUUUUGAAUUUAGACAUGGAUACAAACAGGAUUUAUAACGUAUCUACGAGCAACAUUUUUGAAGUUUUGCAGGAGCGGGAAAAUGUAAACAUUGACAAUGGAGUUCUUGUUCGAUCGGAUAUGUGUUUAGCGGACGUUUCUAGGCAAGAUUUUGCAAAUAGUGCUUCAGAUGAUAAGCUUCUGUAUAUAUUUGAUGAACUUAGAUCCAUAAAACACGAGCAGAUAGGUUGUAGCAGAGGUAUAUCUGGUCUCCAACAGUCCUUUGUUUGCAUGCAAAAACAGGUAGGCCAGGUGAUCGAGACAACAAAUGCACAAAUAGAAUUUUUAAAGACAUUGGCCUUUAGACAUGGAAGCCCGUUCAAGACGCCAGAACCUGAUAUCUCGUGGGCAUGUUGAAUGCAAGGCAAAAUGCGAGGGACUUCAAAAAUCAUGCGUCAUAAAAAUCUGAAAAGGGGAAGGAAUUCUAACAAAACUGAAGGCAACAAAGUAAUUUCUAUCUUAAUAUGCAUCAUAUGUUACGCUUAAUAAAUGGACCAAGUUUGAAAGAAA